GUUGGCAUAUUGAGCAAAGAGUCCGGUAUAGUCAACUAAAUUAUUGCAUAGAUAUAAGUUAUAAGCAUGGCAUCUAAGCAACAAAACCGACAAGAGCUUGAUGAAAGGGCAAAACAGGGAGAGACUGUGGUCUCUGGUGGAACUGGUGGCAAGUCCCUUGAGGCUCAGGAGCAUCUUGCUGAAGGAAGGAGCAAGGGAGGGCAAACAAGGAGGGAGCAGUUGGGAACAGAAGGGUACCAAGAGAUGGGUCGCAAGGGUGGAUUCAGCAUCAUGGAGAAAUCUGAAGGAGAGCGUGCUGAAGAGGAAGGCGUUGAGAUUGAUGAGUCCAAGUUUGCCACCAAGAACCAAAACAAGUAGUACCAUCAUCUUAUUAUAAUCCUAAUCAUAUAUGCUAGCUUCUAAUGUAUGUGUGCUUAAUUUAUUAGUACUAGGUAGUGAUUAGUUUAGGGUUAAUAUAUAACAAGGUAUUUAGGUCCAGUGUCUAGAGUUCUCUAAUAAUAACUAGCUAGCUAGCAUAUAUUGAGAGGUUAUGCUUAUUAUUACUAGUGUUUUAGUUGUUAGGCUUUGAUGGUAGGAGUAUAUGGUUUGUCUGUAAUGUUGUGUUUAAUGAUGUAAUGACAAAUCUUAAUAUUUUCCUUUAGAGAGUUGAA